AUGGUCUUCGGGCUUGGACAUUUCCGUUUUGGUGUCACUGCUGCCAAGCUGGAUCGCGACCUGCUGCCGUCACGGCACCCGCUGGGCACCCUGUCCAAUGACCUGAGAAUUCUGUGCGGCAACUCCUCCCAGGAGCUGAGCGAGUACCAGGACCAGCAGUUUGGUGGCGGCAACGAAGAGCAUGAAAGAUUACUGAAGGAAAGCUCUACACUGUAUGUGGGGAAUCUUUCCUUUUAUACAACUGAAGAGCACAUAUUUGAGCUCUUUAGUAGAUGCGGUGAUGUCAAGAAUAUAUUUAUGGGCCUGGAUAAAACAAAGAAUGCGGCAUGUAAUUUCUGUUUUGUAGAAUACCAUAACAGAGCUGAUGCCGAAAAUGCCCUGUGGUUCCUAAAUGGGACCCGCCUCGAUGACCGUACCAUCCGCGUAGAUUGGGAUCUAGGCUUUAGAGUGGGCAGACGAUAUGGCCGCCGAUCUCGAGGCCAGGUACAAGAUGAGUUUCGUGACGACGUUGAUGCUGGUAGAGGAGGCUUUGGAAGACAGACUCAGGCCGGUGAUAGGAGAGGAGUCCACUAGUGAAAAACCUGCAGCUCUAGCCCCUCAAAAAGUCUAUCAAAGGAAACACCAGGUCAGCAAAUAGCCCAUUUAUAAAGUUUAAAUUACUUUCUUUGCUGAGCAGAAACUCUUUUGAUGUAUUUUUCUCUCUGAAAUGUUAUU